AUGGAUCCCCCACAAACCUGCAGUGUCAACUCAGACAGCCCACCACGUUCGAGUCAGGAAACGAUGCGCCCGAACAAGAAAGGCUUUCACCAAAAAGAAGAAGAGCGCCAGAGCCCCACACUGGACUUGACGAACAUCUCUUCGAGUGCAACAGGCGCUUCUGGCCUGACCAAAGACGAGGAGGACUUACAAAUUCAAGAAAGAACCACUGGAAGCUCUGAGAAUGAGAGGUAUGCUGGCUUGAUGAAUCCGUUCGAUAUGAUGGAAGGAAGUUUCAAGUACGCUAGACUGCCGCUGACGCAGAAGAUUCCUGGCAGUGUCACACGCGGGCGCGUUAUGGCAGCAAGUCGACUGCGACGUUUCAAGACACAGCAACCAUCUCUUCGAGGGCGCUCCAAAUAUACAGAGACCCCAGCGGAGUUGGUUCCAGGCCCGCCAGCAAACACACUUACUUUUGUCGUCGAAGAGGACAAGUUGUCCAGUCCUAUUGGCAAGUGGUGCUGUUGCAAGUGCGGCAGCAGUCACGAUGUCUACAGCGUUGCAAAUGGCCAGCAUCCCGUCAAUGCCCUGAACUGCAACUGUAUGCACGGAUCCUGCUCCAAGUGUACACUAGAAGGUUUGAUCAAACAAUUCGUACCCAUGAUUGAGCCAGAGGUCGUGCACCUAUCAGAGGACAAGAACAAGGCUGUACGAUUCGGCGUAUUCUGCGAUGGCUGUGGUCAAUCCUGGCGCGCGCAAAAGGUCCAUGACGAUACGAACAAGAAGGCAGCAGUGAAAGCAGCCUUGACACGAAUAUCUGCGAUCCCCGGACGCCUCAACAAGCGUGAUCCACACCCUCUCAAGAAUGUGAGGGCCUCAAGGUCGAUGGAUCAUCUCCUUCAUCCUCGCACCCCUUGCGCAACAAUGGCGACCUCCAAGUCCGUCCUCAACCUCCGCGCGCUUUCAAACGAGAUGCAGAAAGAACACGGUAAACAAGCAGAGCUCGUCUCUGUCCGGUUCACGGGUAUCAAGUGUGACUGUGGUAUGACUACAGAUUCCAACUCGCUUUGCUUCCAGAUUGUCGACCCGCCUAAGGACUUUUACAGAGUUCAAUUUAUGAAGCAGAUGGCUGGACGUCGAUUGGCUGGCUUUGGUACCACGCCAGAGGACAAGGCGAGAGGGCAUGGAACGCCGAUUCUAGUCUUGAGAGGCUAUAUUCGCCACCCGAAUCCACUCAUGAGCAACCCUGUUUCGUAG